GCGGGGUUUUGGUUUUAAUAGGGUUUCAUCAACAACCCGGGAGGAAGCUUUAGCGCGCAGCGGCCAUGGUUCUCAAGACUGAGCUGUGUCGCUUCAGUGGCUCCAAGAUAUACCCAGGGAGGGGCAUCAGAUUUAUCCGGGCUGAUUCUCAGGUGUUCCUCUUUGCUAACUCAAAAUGCAAGAGGUAUUUCCACAACCGGUUGAAGCCUUCGAAGCUUACCUGGACAGCCAUGUAUAGGAAGCAGCAUAAGAAGGAUAUUGCUCAAGAGGCGGUGAAGAAGAGGAGACGUACCACCAGGAAGCCAUACUCGAGGUCCAUUGUUGGUGCAACUUUGGAAGUCAUCCAGAAGAAGAGAGCCGAAAAGCCAGAAGUGCGUGAUGCUGCCAGAGAAGCUGCUCUGCGGGAAAUUAAGGAAAGAAUCAAGAAAACAAAGGACGAAAAGAAGGCCAAGAAAGCGGAAGUGUUAGCCAAGUCCCAGAAGGCACCAGGUAAGGGUAACGUUGCGAAGGGACCUGCAUCCAAAGGUCCAAAGCUCGGUGGUGGCGGUGGGAAGCGUUGAUACCCUAUUUUGUUUUGUUUUGUCACUUAAAUUACAAGUUUUAGUGGAUAGGACAUCUGUUAUGAGAAGUGGCCCAAUGCAUUUACUUUUGGUCU